CAUAAUUUUGUUUUUGCAAUUCCUAUCCAUCAGAGAGAGAGAGAGUGGUUUCAGUUUAGCCAUGGCGACCAGAGCAUUCCUCGCCGUUAUAUCUUCUUCUCCGAAUCGUUGCUUCAUCACUCCGCGCAUGAUAAAAAACCAAGCUUCAGCUUUUUCUUCUUCCUCUUCUUCCUCAGCUCUCCAAUUCCAAAGACACAGUAGAAAACCCCACAGAAUUUCUCGAAGUUUCUCGUCUGAGACAAACUCCUCUGUUCUUCAGCCGCCGGAUAUAUCCAGUCUGGCUAAGACAGCUCGAAUCUCUCUCACUCCGGCAGAGAUUGAGGAAUAUGAACCUAAAAUUCGUCAAGUCAUCGACUGGUUUGGCCAGCUUCAACAAGUUGAUGUUAACAGUGUGGAGCCAGCAAUUAGAGCAGAUAUGGAAGGUGGAAAUUUGCGAGAGGAUGCUCCUGAAACAUUUGAGAACAGGGAUAGUAUAAGAGCUUCCAUUCCAAGCUUUGAUGAGGCAUAUUUAAAAGUCCCUAAAGUACUAAACAAAGAGUGACUUUGUCAGCUUCUUCGAGUUGUGUGGCUGGAGAGAUCAUUCUCAGCUCCAGUAAUUUGUUCCAGCAUCUGUGUUUUCUAAAAUUGUUUAGGAGAGAAAAGUAUGCCCUCAGAAAUUGUCUACAACAUUCAAGUUCAUGGCUCACAACAACCUUUGUAUAAGCUUAUGAUGAUGGGCCGAGUAGUUUGAAUGCGGUGCGUUUAAAGCCCCAUCGGUUAUGAACCCGGACCGAACAAAUUGCUCUCCAGUUUCAAUUGAUUGAUUUUUUUUUUCUUAUC